AUGUCGACGAGUGCACCUAAACCCUUGCCGACCUAUGUUACCGUCUGCUCUGGCGCUGCAGCUGGUGCUGUAGAGCUGGUGUGUUUAUACCCGCUAGAUGUGGUCAAAACUCGUAUGCAACUCUCGAAAGCCGGAACAGGAGCGCAGCGCCAAGGCAUUAUCAGUAUGUUAGGUCAUAUCAUCAAGAAUGAGGGACCAAGCAAUUUGUAUCGUGGCAUGGCGCCUCUUCUCCUUCUCGAAGCGCCGAAGCGUGCGCUCAAGUUCGGUGCGAACGACUUUUGGGGAAAGACGUUCCGGUCAUGGCUCAAUGGCCAUUCCAAACUGCAUGCACUCCUCACAGGCUGUGCGGCAGGUGCGACAGAGAGCCUGAUUGUAGUGCCGUUUGAGCUGGUCAAGAUCCGUCUCCAAGAUCCGAACCAGAUGCACCUGUACAAAGGCCCGAUGGAUGUGGUGCGCCACAUUUAUGCCGAGCACGGACAUAGAGGCUUGUACCGUGGCCUUUCUUCGACAAUGCUGCGCCAUGUGUUCUGGAACGGUGGCUACUUCGGCUCGAUCCCGUUGGUCCGCGAGGCCCUGCCCGUCGCCACGACGCAGUCGGAGCGUCUACGGAACAGCCUGCUUUCUGGUACAAUCGGCGGGUUUAUCGGUACGGCGUUAAACACGCCGCUGGAUGUCGUCAAGACACGGAUUCAAAACUCGCAUGCCAAGGCGGGCGAGCGGGCCAAGUACCACGGCACCUUCUCGUCGUUGGCCACCAUCUUCCGCGAGGAAGGCGCUAGCGCGCUGUACAAGGGCUUUGUCCCGAAAGUCGCUCGUCUCGCGCCUGGCGGUGGUAUUCUGUUGUUGGUCGUCGAAGUGAUCAACAACGAAGUGCGUCGCCUUCUCGGUCCGCCUUACAUUUAA